AUGAGCUCAUUUGCAGGGCGUAUGAAGGAGUAUCCAACCAUUUCGUUGGACCGCUUCGACAGGGAGAACUUACAUGCCCGGGCAUAUUUCCUCUCCCACUGCCACAAAGAUCACAUGAAAGGACUAAAAGGACCUUUUGUGAAGAGGAAACUAGAAUUCAGUCGGACUGUCAAGUUGUACUGUUCCUAUGUGACCAAAGAGCUCCUACUGAGCAAUCCCAAGUAUGCAUUUUGGGAAGAACACAUUGUUCCGCUGGAGCUGGAGAGCCCAACUCAGAUUUCGUUGGUGAAUGAGGCAUCAGGAGAGAAAGAAGAGAUCGUGGUGACCCUUAUACCGGCAGGACACUGUCCAGGCUCUGUCAUGUUCCUAAUUGAGGGGUCCCAGGGGAACGUGUUGUACACUGGAGACUUCAGGUUGGCUCAGGGAGACACUGCACGGAUGGAGCUACUUCACUCUGGGAGCAGGGUGAAAGACAUUCAGAGUGUGUAUCUGGACUCCACGUUCUUUGACAAACGUUACUACCAAAUUCCAAGUCGGGAGGACUGUUUGAGUGGUAUCAGAGAACUCGUCAGUCAUUGGAUCAGUCAGAGUGCCUACCAUGUUGUCUGGCUCAACUGUAAAGCUGCCUAUGGAUAUGAAUACCUGUUUACCAACUUGGCAGAAGAGUUCAACACUCAGGUCCAUGUAAAAAAUCUGACGAUGUUUAAGAAGAUGCCAGAGAUCCUGAGCCACAUGACGACCGACCGCAAUACACAGAUUCACGCAUGUCGACACCCUAAGGACGAUGAGUUUUUUCGGGGUAACAGGCUGCCAUGUGGCUCGGUGGCUCCUGAUGGCACCCCUCUACGCAUCAUCAGCAUCAAGCCAUCCACCAUUUGGUUUGGAGAGAGGAGCAGGAAAAGCAACAUCGUAGUCAGAACAGGAGCCAGUUGCUAUAGAGCCUGCUUCAGCUUCCACUCUUCCUACUCUGAGCUCAAAGAUUUCCUGACUUACCUCCAACCAGUCAACAUCUACCCCAGUGUUAUCCCUAUUGGCAUGACGCUGGCCGAGGUCACCAAGUCGUUGAUGUGUCUCUGCAGGGACCAGUCUGAACAGGCAGCAUUCACCUACAAACCCCUGGGAGUACUCAAGCGCUGCAGGGUAGAGAGACCUGAAUAUGACUCAGACAGUGAUGAUGGGCUGUUUGAUGGGCCGGACCUGGCACCAGUGAAGAAGAAAAUUGCGCUGAACCAGGAAGUGAAAAAUGGUGAGAGUCCUCCAAGAAUAUCGCUCGUUGGGCCUGAGGUGGACCCUUCCCCUCUGACAGUCCAAUUCCCACAAUCCACUGUGGCCUACAUGGACUGCACUGAGUCCAAUGGUGAGGACGAGGAUGAUGAAGAGGAGGAGGAAGAAAUGGGAAUGAAGCUGGAGGGAGAGGUGGGGGAUACAAAAACAGAGGAGAAAGAAGAGGAAGGACCAGAAGAAAAAAAUAAUGAGAAGUAUGGAGAGAGGGAGGAAAGAAAGAAGGCAGUGGGAGGUGAGGAAAAUAGGGAGGAAUCUUUAAGAGGCUCCGCUAAUGCCACCGCUCCUCCGAGGUGGGAGGACUUCUUUGCCAUGGAGACGCUCACUGACAGCCAAAACAGCCUCAAAAGCCAAUCACAAUCCUGCUGUUCUCUCACAAGCCCCUCCCCUUCUAGAAUGACCGGCUCGCAAAGCCCCGAGCUAUUUAGUGAUGCAGAUAACGAUGAUGUUAAUAUCGCUGAUGAAGAGAAAUUCGACUCAUCCCAGUCCACCUGUCUGUCCGAUGAUGUCUCACUCCUGCCUGAGACCUUGAUCCUCCGAACAGAUGAGAAGAGGCGGGAACAAGGAGAGACACAGACCAAAGACAAGUCUCAGAACAUGGAGAACUGUAGCCAGAGACUACAUCCAGAAUCUGAGGAGCUGUCGGAGUCUCGGGCAUCAUCAGACUUUGAUAUUCCAUGCACACCAGAGUCAAAGACACCACGACCAGAGGAACUCGCACAACUGUACAGACAGUUGGCCUCUGGAGAGGAAGUAGUCAUCAGGAAAGGAAGUCAGGGCUCCAUUUAACUGAGAUAAAUAUGAAUGCACUUCCUGAAUUAUAUCCUGAAAUGGCAAAUUUUGCAACUGAUGGCCUGUGCAGCCCAAAACAGGCUAAAGAGAUGCCUCAUUCAUAUCUUGGUUGACCUACAAAUGACUGGCACACGU